UUUUAUUACUAUAUGGAAUUUAUUCUUAUACGGAGUAUAUAUGAAAAGGUUUUACUGUAUAUUUCUUUGAAACGCCACCACAGCCACCACCACUCCGCCUCGUCGCUGUCAUACACCCCACUCCUCCAUUCCCUCCUUUCUACGCCCUUACUCCUGCGACCUCUACUCCUGCGACCUCUACUCCUGCCGCCGUCUCUUUCUCUCUCUCCUUUUCAACUUCCAGAAUCGACGAGUUGCCUCCUGUCGUAAACACGGAUGAUUCGCCGGUAUUAAUGUAAAGAUAAACAAACGGUGUCGUUUCGUUCUGCUCUUAUCUAUUUUUGCCUACUAAAAAACGAGUAGGCGGCCAUUUGGGUCGCUGUACUUUUGCAAAUUGCUUCUGUUUCUGCUUACAAUUUUGCGGUUAGCUUCAACAUGCCAGACGACCAAAUUCAAUGGGAUUUCAGCUGGUUUCCAUUCAGCUUCUCUGAAAUUUGUGACUUGGAAGUUGAUUUUGGAUCCGAUGAGAAUGCUUCCAUUGUCCAUAGUGCUUUAGCUGUUGAUAAGGAGCUGCAGCCAGAUAAAGUAAAAAGGCAUAUGUCAAUCUCUGAUGGAAAGUUGUCAGUGCACUUCGAGGCAGUGGAGGCAAGAUUUCUUCGAGCAUCAUUUUCUGCUUUCACAGAUGUCCUUACACUUGCAACAAAGACUAUUGAAGAAUUUGGGAAAGGAGCAAAACUUUGAUAUGCAAUUUUUUCUUUUAUGAGGAAAUGCAUUGUGAUAUGCCAUUGCUGUUAGCAAAUCGGCUGUGCUGUAUACAGUUAUGUAAUCAUAGUAUUAUGCAUGUAUGAGUUUAAGAUGUUAACUUGGAACUUCAAAAUUGUGUCCGUUGGAGAUGAAGUAUUAAAAAAAUGCUUAGCACCUUAUUUCCUUCCUGCAUCAA